GCGAUGUUUCCGUCGAUGUUUUCCCCCCACCACUAGCGCACUAUCGCACACUAAUAUCAAGAUGGCGUAAAUUUGUAAAAUCGUCGAAAUAUGUGUGAAACGAAAUAGCCAGGCAAUUGAAUCGGAAGCAAAACUCGAAUUAGAAGAAGCAGAGCAGCGACGCCAGCAGUGGAAGUGGGCAAAGCGGAACCAGAAAUAAGGAAAAUCGGAAAACAUACGCCAGGAGUCAGGAAACACGGCCUAAAGCGACUGCCUCGAGAAAAUCGGAAGAAGAAGAGAGGAGCUGAGACGAAAGGGCAGCGCCAGAAAGGCAACGCAGAUCCGAGGAAACCCCACUUCCGCACACAGAAACCCACAGAGACAGACAUCCGACAAUGGAGCUGCGCGUGGGCAACAAAUACCGCCUGGGCCGCAAGAUCGGGUCGGGAUCGUUCGGCGACAUCUACCUGGGCACCACGAUCAACACCGGCGAGGAGGUGGCCAUCAAGCUGGAGUGCAUCCGCACCAAGCACCCCCAGCUGCACAUCGAGUCCAAGUUCUACAAGACGAUGCAGGGCGGCAUAGGCAUACCCCGCAUAAUAUGGUGCGGCAGCGAGGGCGACUACAAUGUGAUGGUGAUGGAGCUGCUCGGGCCCUCGCUGGAGGACCUCUUCAACUUUUGCUCGCGCCGCUUCUCGCUGAAGACGGUUUUGCUGCUGGCGGACCAGAUGAUCUCCCGCAUCGACUACAUCCACUCGCGGGACUUCAUCCACCGCGACAUCAAGCCGGACAACUUCCUCAUGGGGCUCGGCAAGAAGGGCAACCUGGUGUACAUCAUUGACUUCGGCCUGGCCAAGAAGUUCCGGGACGCUCGCUCACUGAAGCACAUUCCGUACCGGGAAAACAAGAACCUCACGGGCACCGCCCGCUAUGCCUCCAUCAACACACAUCUGGGCAUCGAGCAGUCGCGUCGCGACGACCUGGAAUCGCUGGGCUAUGUCCUCAUGUACUUCAACCUGGGCGCCCUGCCCUGGCAGGGGUUGAAGGCGGCCAACAAGAGGCAGAAGUACGAGAGGAUUUCGGAGAAGAAGCUGUCCACCUCGAUUGUCGUGCUGUGCAAGGGCUUCCCCAGCGAGUUUGUCAACUAUCUGAACUUCUGUCGCCAGAUGCAUUUCGACCAGCGUCCCGACUACUGCCACCUGCGCAAGCUCUUCCGGAACCUGUUCCACCGCCUGGGCUUCACUUAUGACUACGUGUUUGACUGGAAUCUGCUGAAGUUCGGCGGUCCCCGCAACCCCCAGGCCAUUCAGCAGGCGCAGGAUGGAGCGGACGGCCAGGCGGGACACGAUGCGGUGGCCGCAGCAGCGGCGGUGGCAGCAGCAGCAGCCGCCUCCUCGCAUCAGCAGCAGCAGCACAAGGUGAACGCAGCCCUCGGCGGCGGAGGAGGCAGUGCAGCGCAACAGCAGCUGCAGGGCGGCCAAGCGCUGGCGAUGCUCGGCGGCAACGGAGGCGGAAACGGCAGCCAGCUGAUCGGCGGCAACGGACUCAACAUGGACGACUCGAUGGCGGCCACCAACUCCUCGAGACCGCCUUACGACACGCCGGAGCGCCGGCCCUCGAUACGGAUGCGCCAGGGAGGCGGAGGAGGCGGCGGCGGAGUGGGCGUGGGCGGCAUGCAGGGCGGCGGCGGAGGCGGUGGCGUGGGGAACGCCAAAUAAUAUUUUAUCGUUUAGGUUGCGACGCUGGACACGACACAGUAGUAGACAAACAACAGCAGAACUCAGCAAAAACUAUACAUGUAGAAUAUAUAGUUAUAUAUACCUUAUAUAUAUAAUACUUGCUUUAUAUAUGCGGUAACACAUGUUGAAUGUAUCCAAAACGGCAGGAGGACCAGGUCCCUGCCAGAACCGGAGGAUAACAGGAGCAGUGAGGAGAGAAAGGAGCAGAGCAGAGCAAAGCGCAGCGCUUUCCUUCCUUUUUUCUGUGUACAUUUUCGUUUGUUUUUUGACAUUUUUGGUUUCUGCUCCCAGAUGUUAGAAUGUUGGGCGCGCUUAUUAUUAAUUAACUAGCCUAUGAUUAAUUUAAUUUAUACUAUUAGAACAUAAACGAUUGCAACUUGGCUGCAAGAAACUGCAACAAACCGCACUGUUCAAUUGAUUUGAGAUCCCCGAAGAGCAGCCAACAGAUCGGAGGGUCAGAAGAAGGGUCGCGGGACUUGGGAGGAGAGCCAGCAGCGCAGGCAUUUAAUUCUGUUCGCAUUUGACUAUUGCUCUCGGCAGGCUCAAUUAUUCGUUGUUAAUUUGAGGUCCCAGCCCCAAGCCAGGCAGAACAUUCAGAACCGAUCAUAGUAACUCGAUUGUAAGUGUAAUAUUUGUGUAAAAGAAACAAAGGACACCCCGUUCGGCGAGUGUCCCUAACCCUAGACUAGGCUCUAGCGAUAGCGAAUCCAAUCCAUACAACAGCAUAUGCCACACGGCAAACACCCACAUUGUAACCUAAGUUGAAGCCGAAUUCGGGGCGCAAUUAAACGCAGAUUAUCUGACGAUGACAUAUAUCACGUGCAGUAGAGGGGACGUUCUCUAGCUUUAAGCAACGCUCGACUUUUAAGGCCCCUCCUAUGUUAUACUAUGUAUCUUACUGUAAUCGCCCACGACCCCCGUAUAUUUGUACUAUAUAUACUUUCGAGGUCUGCACUUUCGCUGCCUGUGUUCAUACAUAUUUCCGAUUUUUAAAACUAACUGCGCGCAUUUCUCAAGCGGGGGAAACCCCGGGAAAAGUGGGAGGACGGGCGGUGGGCGGCCCUUUGUUUACGCAACAAAAUCAUGUAACUAAGAUAGAGAGCGUAUAAAUAGCGUUAGACAUACACAAAACAAUUCGCAUUAACGUUUCGACUUAAAGAAAGGAGGUAAUGCCCAUUCAGAGGUACAUUACAUAACGCUAGCUAAUAAAUUAUAGCUAUAAUAUGAAAUUUGUUUAUAAGUAAUACCAAACCGUAAAAAUAAAACAAAACACAAAAAUGGAAAAAAAAUUAAAUUCUAAAUGCGCCAAGAGAAAAUGGGUAAUAUAAAUACAUAUAAAUAUACAACUAUAUCUUAUGAGAACACGUAAACAUGUAAACCCCUCAGCGAUCGGCUGGCAGUCUAGAACUAACAAAUCAAACAAAGAGAACACGAAAUCGGAUCACUGAACGCAGAAGCCACUAAACUUAAAUAAAAAUGCAUUACGUGAUAUUUCUUACAAA